AUGAAUAUCCUUGAAACUGAUCGUCUUAUUCUUUGUCAUCUUUCAGUUCAUGAUGAACAAUUCAUACUUGAACUUUUGAAUAAUCCGUCGUGGUUACAAUUCAUUGGUGACAGAAAUGUUCGCACACUUGAUGAUGCUCGAGCCUAUAUAUUGAAUGGACCAAUGGACAGCUAUCAAAAAUUCGGCUUCGGACUUUAUUUAAUAAAUUUAAAACAUGAAAACCAUGUAUCUAUUGGUAUUUGUGGACUGAUUAAACGAGAUGUACUAGAAGACAUAGAUUUGGGAUUUGCUCUCCUGCCUGAAUACGCACGAAAAGGAUACGCUUUUGAAGCUGCGUCAGCAGUGUUGAACUAUGCAAAAACAAUUUUAGGACUGAAACGUAUCGUUGCCAUUACGAGUAUGGACAAUCAUCGCUCCCAAAACCUUCUAAAAAAACUUGGAUUUACCUUCGAAAAAUUAAUCAAAUUUGCCAAUGAUAAUAAAGAACUAAUGUUGUUUGCAAACUUUAAAGAUGACCCAUGUUGA